CAGAGCCACUUUCUCGGGGCGUUUUGCUCUUUUUUUCCUCUCCCUUCUCUGGAAGAGGUUUUCAUAGGGUGGGGGAAAGAGAAGCAAACACAAAAGUGGAAAACAGUUCAUGACCAGCCACAGCCUCCGUGCUGUGAGCUCCAGCCCCUGGCCCCGCGGCUCCUGAGCCACACGCCGGUUGCUCUGCGUGCCAGCUGAGGCAGCAUGGCUUGUUGGCCUCAGUUGAGGUUGCUGCUGUGGAAGAACCUCACUUUCAGAAGAAGACAAACAUGUCAGCUGUUGCUGGAAGUGGCCUGGCCUCUAUUUAUCUUCUUGAUCCUGAUCUCUGUCCGGCUGAGCUACCCUCCCUAUGAACAACAUGAAUGCCACUUUCCAAACAAAGCCAUGCCCUCUGCAGGAACGCUUCCUUGGAUUCAGGGAAUUAUCUGUAAUGCCAAUAACCCCUGCUUCCGUUAUCCGACUCCUGGUGAGGCUCCUGGGGUUGUUGGAAACUUUAACAAAUCCAUUGUGUCUCGCCUCUUCUCAGAUGCUCAGCGGCUUCUUUUAUAUAGUCAGAAAGACACAAGCAUGAAGGAUGUACAGAAAGUUUUGAGAACAUUACAACAGAUCGAGAAUUCCAGAUCAAACUUGAAGCUUCAGGAUUUCCUUGUGGACAAUGAAACCUUCACUGGCUUCCUGAAUCACAACCUCUCUCUGCCAAGGUCCAUUGUGGACAAAAUGCUGGGUGCUGAUGUCAGUCUCCACAAGAUAUUUUUGCAAGGCUACCAGUUACAUUUGACUGAUCUGUGCAAUGGAUCAAAAUUAGAAGAGGUGAUUCAGCGUGGUGACCAAGAUAUUUCCAAACUUUGUGACCUGACAAGAGAAAAAUUGGAUGCAGCAGAGAAAGUACUUCGUUCCAACAUAGAUAUCCUGAAGCCAGUCAUGAGAGAACUAAAUUCUACAUCUCCCUUCCCAUAUAAGGAACUGACGGAAGCCACACAAAUUUUGCUGGAUAGUCUUGGGACUCUGGCCCAAGAGCUGUUCAGCAUGAGGAGCUGGAGUGAUAUGCGACAGGAGGUGAUGUUUCUGACCAACGUGAACAACUCCAGCUCCUCCACGCAGAUCUACCAAGCUGUGUCCCGCAUCGUCUGUGGCCAUCCUGAGGGUGGGGGCCUGAAGAUCAAGUCCCUCAACUGGUAUGAGGACAACAACUACAAAGCCCUCUUUGGAGGCAACGGCACUGAGGAAGAUGCUGACACCUUCUAUGAUAAUUCCACGACUCCUUAUUGCAAUGACUUGAUGAAGAAUUUGGAGUCUAGUCCUCUCUCCCGCAUCAUCUGGAAAGUGCUAAAGCCUCUGCUUGUCGGGAAGAUCCUAUAUACACCUGAUACUCCAGCCACAAGGGAGGUGAUGGCUGAGGUGAACAAGACUUUCCAGGAACUGGCUGUCUUCCAUGAUCUAGAAGGCAUGUGGGAAGAGCUCAGCCCUAAGAUCUGGACCUUCUUAGAGAGCAGCUCAGAAAUGGACCUUAUCCGGACACUCUUGGACAGCAGGGCCAACGACCACUUUUGGGAACAGCGAUUGGAUGGUUUAGAUUGGACAGCCAAAGAUAUAAUGGAAUUUCUGGCCAAGUACCCAGAGGAUGUCCAGUCCACGAAUGGCUCUGUGUACACCUGGAGAGAAGCCUUCAAUGAAACCAACCGGGCAAUCCAGACCAUAUCUCGCUUCAUGGAGUGUGUCAACCUGAACAAGCUCGAGCCAAUAGCAACAGAAGUCCGACUCAUCAACAAGUCCAUGGAGCUGCUGGAUGAGAGGAAGUUCUGGGCUGGUAUUGUGUUCACUGGAAUUACCCCUGGCAGCGUCGAGCUGCCCCACCAUGUCAAGUACAAGAUCCGAAUGGACAUCGACAAUGUGGAGAGGACAAAUAAGAUCAAGGAUGCGUACUGGGACCCGGGUCCUCGAGCUGACCCCUUUGAGGACAUGCGAUAUGUCUGGGGAGGCUUCGCUUACUUGCAGGAUGUAGUGGAGCAGGCGAUCAUCAGGGUGCUGACAGGCACCGAGAGGAAAACUGGUGUCUAUGUUCAGCAAAUGCCUUACCCUUGUUAUGUCGAUGACAUCUUCCUGAGGGUGAUGAGCCGGUCAAUGCCGCUCUUCAUGACCCUGGCCUGGAUUUACUCUGUGGCCGUAAUCAUCAAGGGCAUCGUGUAUGAGAAGGAGGCGCGGCUGAAGGAGACCAUGCGUAUCAUGGGCCUCGACAACGGCAUCCUCUGGCUUAGCUGGUUUAUCAGCAGCCUCCUCCCUCUGCUCGUGAGCGCUGGCCUGCUGGUGGUCAUUCUGAAAUUAGGAAACCUGCUGCCCUACAGCGACCCCAGCGUGGUGUUUGUCUUUCUGUCUGUGUUCGCCGUGGUGACCAUCCUGCAGUGCUUCCUGAUCAGCACAUUAUUCUCCAGAGCUAACCUGGCGGCAGCCUGUGGAGGCAUCAUCUACUUCACACUCUACCUGCCCUACGUCUUGUGCGUGGCAUGGCAAGACUAUGUGGGAUUCACCCUCAAGAUCUUUGCGAGCCUGCUGUCUCCUGUGGCUUUUGGGUUCGGCUGUGAGUACUUUGCCCUUUUUGAGGAGCAGGGCAUUGGGGUACAGUGGGACAAUCUCUUUGAGAGCCCUGUGGAGGAAGAUGGCUUCAACCUCACCACCUCAGUCUCUAUGAUGCUGUUUGACACCUUCAUCUACGGGGUGGUGACCUGGUACAUCGAGGCUGUCUUUCCAGGCCAGUAUGGAAUUCCCCGGCCCUGGUAUUUUCCUUGUACCAAGUCCUACUGGUUUGGUGAGGAAAGUGAUGAGAAGAGCCACCCAGGUUCCAGCCAGAAGGGAAUAACAGAAAUCUGUAUGGAGGAAGAACCCACACACCUGAAGCUGGGCGUUUCCAUUCAGAAUCUGAUGAAAGUUUACCGAGAUGGGAUGAAAGUUGCUGUUGAUGGCCUGGCCCUGAAUUUCUAUGAGGGCCAGAUCACCUCCUUCCUGGGCCACAAUGGAGCUGGGAAAACCACCACCAUGUCGAUUCUGACCGGGUUGUUCCCUCCCACCUCGGGCACUGCUUAUAUCCUGGGGAAGGACAUCCGCUCUGAGAUGAGCACCAUCCGGCAAAACCUGGGGGUCUGUCCCCAGCAUAAUGUACUGUUUGACAUGCUGACUGUUGAAGAACACAUCUGGUUCUAUGCCCGCCUAAAAGGGCUCUCGGAGAAGCAUGUGAAAGCAGAGAUGGAACAGAUGGCCUUGGAUGUUGGUUUGCCGCCCAGCAAAUUGAAAAGCAAAACCAGUCAGCUGUCAGGUGGAAUGCAGAGAAAACUGUCUGUGGCCUUGGCCUUUGUUGGGGGAUCCAAGGUUGUCAUUCUGGAUGAACCCACAGCUGGUGUGGACCCUUAUUCCCGCAGGGGAAUAUGGGAGCUGCUGCUAAAGUACCGACAAGGUCGCACUAUCAUUCUCUCCACACACCACAUGGAUGAAGCAGAUAUCCUGGGGGACAGGAUUGCCAUUAUUUCCCAUGGCAAGUUGUGCUGUGUGGGCUCCUCCCUGUUUCUGAAGAACCAGCUGGGAACAGGCUACUACCUGACUCUGGUCAAGAAGGAUGUGGAGUCCUCACUCAGCUCCUGCAGAAAUAGCAGUAGCACUGUAUCAUACCUGAAAAAGGAGGACAGUGUUUCUCAGAGCAGUUCUGAUGCUGGCCUGGGCAGCGACCAUGAAAGUGACACACUGACCAUCGAUGUCUCUGCUAUCUCCAACCUCAUCAGGAAGCAUGUGGCUGAGGCCCGCCUGGUUGAAGACAUUGGGCAUGAGCUGACCUAUGUUCUCCCCUAUGAAGCUGCCAAAGAGGGGGCCUUUGUGGAACUUUUCCAUGAGAUUGAUGACCGGCUGUCAGACCUGGGCAUAUCUAGUUAUGGUAUCUCAGAGACUACCCUGGAAGAAAUAUUUCUCAAAGUGGCUGAAGAGAGUGGGGUGGAUGCUGAGACCUCAGAUGGCACCUUGCCAGCAAGACGAAAUAGACGGGUCUUUGGGGACAAGCAGAGCUGUCUUCGCCCUUUCACCGAAGAUGAUGCUGCCGAUCCCAAUGACUCUGACAUAGAUCCAGAAUCUAGAGAGACAGACUUGCUCAGUGGGAUGGAUGGCAAAGGCUCCUACCAGGUGAAGGGCUGGAAGCUCACACAGCAACAGUUCAUGGCCCUUUUAUGGAAGAGGCUGCUGAUUGCCAGGCGGAGUCGGAAGGGAUUCUUUGCACAGAUUGUCCUGCCAGCUGUGUUUGUCUGCAUUGCCCUGGUGUUCAGCUUGAUCGUGCCCCCCUUUGGCAAGUACCCCAGCCUGGAACUUCAGCCCUGGAUGUACAGUGAGCAGUACACAUUUGUCAGUAACGAUGCUCCUGAGGAUUUGGCCACCCAGGAACUCUUGAACGCCCUCACCAAAGACCCUGGCUUUGGGACUCGGUGUAUGGAGGGAAACCCAAUUCCAAACAUGCCUUGCCUAAUGGGGGAGGAGGAAUGGACCACCACCCCAGUUCCUCAAACCAUUAAGGAUCUCUUCCAAAAUGGGAACUGGACCAUGGAGAACCCCUCACCCACCUGCCAGUGUAGCAGUGACAGAAUCAAGAAGAUGCUGCCUGUGUGUCCCCUGGGGGCAGGGGGGCUACCUCCUCCACAGAUAAAACAGAACACGGCGGACAUCCUUCAGAACCUGACGGGAAGAAAUAUUUCAGAUUAUCUUGUGAAGACAUAUGUGCAGAUCAUAGCCAAAAGCUUAAAGAACAAGAUCUGGGUGAAUGAGUUUAGGUAUGGUGGAUUUUCCCUGGGUGCCAGUAAUUCGCCAUCAGUUCCUCCAAGUCAUGAAGUUAAUGAUGCCAUCAAACAAAUGAAGAAGCACUUGAAGCUAGCGAAGGACAGUUCUGCAGAUCGAUUUCUCAGCAGCUUGGGAAGGUUCAUGACAGGACUGGACACAAAAAAUAAUGUCAAGGUAUGGUUCAAUAACAAGGGCUGGCAUGCCAUCAGCUCUUUCUUGAAUGUCAUCAACAAUGCCAUUCUCCGGGCCAACCUCCAGAAGGGAGAGAACCCUAGCCAGUAUGGGAUUACUGCCUUCAACCACCCCCUGAAUCUCACCAAGCAGCAACUCUCAGAAGUGGCCUUGAUGACCACAUCAGUGGAUGUCCUCGUGUCUAUCUGUGUCAUCUUUGCCAUGUCCUUCGUCCCAGCCAGCUUUGUGGUGUUCCUGAUCCAGGAGCGGGUCAGCAAGGCCAAACACCUGCAGUUCAUCAGCGGGGUGAAGCCUGUCAUCUACUGGCUCUCCAAUUUUGUUUGGGAUAUGUGCAACUAUGUGGUCCCUGCCACGCUGGUCAUUAUCAUCUUCAUCUGCUUCCAGCAGAAGUCCUAUGUGUCCUCCACCAAUUUGCCUGUGUUAGCCCUGCUACUUUUGCUGUAUGGGUGGUCCAUCACACCACUUAUGUACCCAGCAUCCUUUGUAUUCAAGAUCCCCAGUACGGCCUACGUGGUCCUCACCAGUGUAAACCUCUUCAUCGGGAUCAAUGGUAGCGUGGCCACUUUUGUGCUGGAGCUGUUCACCAACAAUAAGCUGAAUAACAUCAAUGACAUCCUGAAGUCUGUGUUCCUGAUCUUCCCACACUUUUGCUUGGGACGGGGUCUUAUUGACAUGGUGAAAAACCAGGCAAUGGCUGAUGCCUUGGAAAGGUUUGGGGAGAAUCGCUUUGUCUCGCCACUCUCGUGGGACCUGGUGGGCCGAAACCUCUUCGCCAUGGCUGUGGAAGGAGUGGUGUUCUUCCUCAUCACUGUUCUAAUCCAGUACAGAUUCUUCAUCAGGCCCAGACCGGUAAAGGCAAAGCUUCCUCCUAUGAAUGAUGAGGAUGAAGAUGUCAGACGAGAAAGACAGAGAAUUCUUGAUGGUGGAGGACAGAAUGAUAUCUUGGAAAUCAAGGAACUGACAAAGAUAUACAGAAGGAAGAGGAAGCCUGCUGUUGACAGGAUUUGCGUCGGCAUUCCUCCUGGAGAGUGCUUUGGGCUUCUGGGAGUGAAUGGAGCUGGUAAAUCAUCAACUUUCAAGAUGUUAACUGGAGAUACCACUGUUACCAGAGGAGAUGCUUUCCUUAACAAAAAUAGUAUCUUAUCAAACAUCCACGAAGUACAUCAGAACAUGGGCUACUGCCCUCAGUUUGAUGCCAUCACAGAGCUGCUGACUGGAAGAGAACAUGUAGAAUUCUUUGCCCUCUUGAGAGGAGUCCCAGAGAAAGAAGUUGGCAAGGUUGGUGAGUGGGCAAUUCGGAAACUGGGCCUAGUGAAGUAUGGAGAAAAAUAUGCUGGUAAUUACAGUGGAGGCAAUAAGCGCAAGCUCUCUACAGCCAUGGCUUUGAUCGGCGGGCCUCCUGUGGUGUUUCUGGAUGAACCCACCACAGGCAUGGACCCCAAAGCCCGGAGAUUCUUGUGGAAUUGUGCUCUCAGUGUCGUCAAAGAGGGGAGAUCAGUGGUGCUAACAUCUCAUAGUAUGGAAGAAUGUGAAGCUCUCUGCACUAGGAUGGCAAUUAUGGUCAAUGGGAGGUUCAGGUGUCUUGGCAGUGUCCAGCACCUGAAAAACAGGUUUGGAGAUGGUUACACGAUAGUUGUACGGAUAGCAGGUUCCAACCCCGAUCUGAAACCUGUCCAGGAGUUCUUUGAGCACGCCUUUCCAGGAAGUGUUCUCAAAGAGAAGCAUCGGAACAUGCUACAGUACCAGCUUCCAUCUUCAUUGUCAUCCCUGGCCAGGAUAUUCAGCAUCCUGUCCCAGAGCAAAAAGCAACUCCACAUAGAAGACUACUCUGUUUCUCAGACAACACUUGACCAAGUAUUUGUAAACUUUGCCAAGGACCAAAGUGAUGAUGAUCACUUAAAGGACCUGUCAUUACACAAAAACCAGACAGUAGUGGAUGUUGCAGUUCUCACAUCUUUUCUACAGGAUGAGAAAGUGAAAGAAAGUUAUGUGUGAAGAAUCCUGUUCAUACAGAUAGCUGAAAGAAAGGAGGACCUUUACCUUCCUUUGCACCACAUGAAGUGUUUCAGAGGAAAGAGCUGAAAGUUUUGUGGGAAGAAGUAAACUGGAUACUGUACUGAUACUGUUCAAUGCAAUGCAGUUCAAUGCAACAAAAACAAAAUUCCAUUACAGGGGCAGUGCCUUUGUAGCCUAUGUUUUGUGUGGCUCUCCAGUGAAAAAGACUUGAAUUUAGUUUAUUACCUUAUAUGUGUGUGAAACUUUUAAUAUGGAACCCAGUGGACCUAUGGGUUUGAAAGCAUACUUUUUUAUUCCUUUGUAUCCUCACUGGGGUUGCAACAAUAAGUCAUCAAGUCAUCAUGGCCAGUGAUUAUCAAAAUCAGAAGGCAGGCACAUCUUCAUUUAUCAAGCCAUGCCAGGCCAGGAGACUGGCUUCCCGGAGACACAUCCAGUGCUGGCAAAGAGUAUGCCAGAAUAACUAGUGUCAAGUUGCCUAAAAAGUCUGAAGCACCAUGGCGUGUAACGCACACUUUGCCAAAAGCUUGCUCUGCUCAGAGUCUGCUGACAUCAUCAAUAUAAGGUCACAAACAGGUGCCAUGUGUGGGGAAAGCCAUGAUUUGAAUCCCUCUAUGACGAGCUGCUUCGGUGGCGGUAACAGGCAAAAUGUGAGAGGCUCUGGACCAGGGAGACAUGGUUCAUUUGGAGCCAUUGGCCUCCAGGGUCAUCUUCCUUGAACUCUUUAAAUGUUCUUGGAUCCUGGUAAGAAGCAAAGAACCGGCAGCCAGAUUGUUGGGCUGUAAGCUGCUGAGGCGGGGCAUGGGACUAAAGAGAUGGUGUGCUCAAACCUUGGGAGGACCGUGUCCAUUUGUCCCUGUUGUCUACUAACACGGUACACUGCAUCUCAAGAUCUUGUUUGACACAAGUGUAGUAUUACUUUUGGCUUUUUAAAUUAAUCUAGGACAUGAGAAGAUGGGAUUGUAUUUUGACAAAAAUUUUUGUUUAAACUUUGUUUAAAGUUAUUUGGAAUUUUAAGUUCCAACAGUGACUUCUGAACCUUAGAAUGACCUCUUUGUAGAACCCUGUGGCAUAGAGGGGCAUGGGGGGGCCACACUGCCUCAUUAGCUUUAUUUUCUCAUGUAAGUUUGCAGAUGGAUCACCUGACUCGUUUCUAGUGCCUGGGAAAGAAUGUGAAGGGCAGCAUCUCAUGACAAUUUUGUGUUUGAGUUUAAGAUCAUUUAAAAUAUUCUUAAUCUCAGUUCAUGAAUCAAGUAUUUCGAGUGUAUGUUUUAGCUGAAUGAGUACUGUUUAUGGAUGGGGUGGGAGAAAUUAAGUCUCAGAUUUCCUGUGCCAUGUUAUUCAGAUAACUGGUUUACAAAUAUAGGUCGCUUUGUUGCUGUGGUUGUGGGGGCCCAUGGGAAGAAUAAUGGGCAUUCCAUUUUGUGAAAAUAAUGCAAAACAAUGCAAACACCAAGAAAGUUCAAGUGUUACUAGGGUCACAAGACUAAAAAAUGAAUUCUUUCACAGGGAAGACAGCUAGCUUCAAAACUUCUUAUGCAAAACAAUUUGUGUUUAUGGCAUUUAGUAUCUUCCAAUUGGCUCUGAAGAUCUUAGAUACACAUUCUGACAUUUCAAAUAUUUCAUCUCUUCAACUGCUAACUUAUGGAAAAAAUGUAAAGCCAGUACCCCACUCCCCCACAUCAAUGAUAUUUCAGGCAUUUGAACCCAGUCUUGUUUUUUUCAUCAGUAAACACUUUAAAAAAUAUUUCACUAGUUAAAUGUUGUGUCUUGAGGCAUCAAAAAUAUGAGAGAACUACUGCUUGAUAAAGUUAAUGCAGUUUAAAUAUUACUACUAAAUUCUCCUUUUUCGAAAACUUCAAUAUGAUAUUUAAAUAUUAACUCUAAACAUAAGAUUUCAGAACUAUCUCAACUCUUUAAAAUUUAUAGAAUGUUAUAAUUUGUUGCUUCAAAAAUUAGAAAUUAUUAUCAAUACUUUUUAAAAUGGUAAACAAGUAAUGAAGGACUACAUUCAGUAACUAUCAGCAUGAGAGAAUUUUAUUUAUGCUCUUUAAUAACAUGAAAUUAAAAAUCAAACUUCUGUGGUUUUUUUCCAUUUCACUAGAAUCAUGUUUUAAUUCUCCUUUAUAUUUAAUCUGUGAGAAACCCCCUGCUUUAGUUUCUCUGAUUUCAAGAACAUAUUUUUAAAAAUCAAAGGCACUAUGGACUAUGAAAAAUGACAUUUCAAUACAGAUUUUAAAGGAUCUCUUGAAGCUAGAAACACUCUACCAUUACACACUGACUUACUAAUACUGUAUUACCUAUUUUCCCUGUGUAAGCCUAAUUGUAGUAGAAACUUUUACUAACGUAAGUAAAAUUUCUAUAUAUUCCCUGUGGAAAUGUCGCUAUGUGAAUUUCAGAAAUCUUUAAGUGUUGAAAGAAUUCUCUUGCUUUUUUGGACAUCUUGGAAACCUUACUAACAACUGUGAAUAUGGGGGAAAAAAAACAAUAAUAACAAAAUUGUCCUCUCUACCUAAAUAUCCAGCACAAUUCAUUGUUAAAGAACAAACAAACCUCAAACUACUGUAUUUCAAUAUCUGUACUGAAAGUGUAUGCAUUGUGACUAUAAGUGUUGCACAUCCCUCAUUCACUGUAUAAUAAUCAUUGACUAAAGGGAUUUGUCUGUGUUUUCUCCAUGUGGUUGUAUAUAUCAGGUACAUUUUUUUUUCCAAAGAGCCAUGUGUCAUAAUAUUGAACCACUUUGAUAUUGAGAUAUUAAUUUGUACCCUUGUAACUAUUUGCUAGUAAUAACAGUACUAUAGUAAUUUGUUCUAAUUCUUUUCAAAAUUGUUGCAUCCCUUUUUAUAGAGUGUUAAUAUUUCCAAAAGGAUUGAGUAUUCUGUUCUCUCUUCCUGUACCCUGGACUGAAGCUAUGUUUUUGUGCUUUUUCUUUAUCAUUGGCCCUUCAUUCCAAGCACUUUAUGCUUUCUGUAAUGGGAUCUAUUUUUGCACUGGAAUAUCUGAGAAUUGCAAAACUAGAUAAAAAUUUCACAAUAGAUUUCUAAGUUAAAUCAUUUUCAUUAAAAGGAAAAAAAGGAAAAAAGUCAAUAACUUUAUAUGAAGUAUUAAAAAGGCAUAUUUCUAUGUUGUAAUGAGUCACGAAAUAAAGCUGUGACAGUUGUUA